AUGUCGACGUAUUCAUAUCCAUAUCCACCACUGGCAGACGUACCUUUAAUAGUGUCGAAAUCAUGUCAGAAACCUAAUCUAAUAUCACUGCCAUUCAACUAUCAUCCAGUACCAGACAAUAUCACAGACCAUCUCAACUAUGAUUUUUCUCUGGAGAACUCGCUCAUUGAGGAAUCGCAGCAUUUGCAAGCCCUCCGUCAACAAGAAACAUCACGACAACAACAAGCCGAACUGCAACGAAAGGAACGACAGACAAGAGAAGCUCAACGACGUGCUCCUGGUCUGAAUCUGGAAGGAGAGAUACUACAACCUACGGUCUUGCCUGGUACUUCGCCAAGUACAAAGAUUGGACUGGGACUCGCUGGAAUGGGACGAAGCACUAGUAUAGAUAGUGUCGGUGAUAGUAGUGCUGCUAAUAGGAUUAUCAGGAAUAUGAGUCCUCCUAUUGGAUCAGAUGAUGGGAAUAGUGAUGCUAGUACAGACACAAACAAUAAUACCAGUAGAAAACCAUUCAACUUUCAGGAAUUCGAACAUGGUCUUGCCCCUCCUGAUCCAUGGGACGUCGCAAAGAAGCCAGAUGAAGAAUUGUCAGAUCUGAAUGCCGUGUUUGGUGGUGCUCGUGUACCAGCUAGACCAAUGCCUAACCUGCCCCAGCACAGUAACCAACGACCACCAGCAGUACUCAUACAGCACUCGAACCCACAAUCCGCAUCUCCGACAACAAGCAACAAUAGCGAUCCGCCUUCACCGCCCAAAUUCGCAAACAGGAUUGCAAACAGUGGUGGUGGUAUCCCGACUCCCUUCCAAGCUGCAUCUCAAUUCAGUAUGAACAAUACUAGUAAUAUAAGUAGCAAUGUAACAUCAUCGCUACAGCAUCCUACUGGACCACCUCCCAAACCACCAAAACCAAAUUCGCUGCAACAAUAUCCGUCCUCGCAGCCACCAAUACCUGUAAAGAGUACUAGUAUGGGAAGUGUUACGGCGCCUGUGCCGCCGAGACGUUCGGAUAGUCCAUCUGGUGGGAUAUCUACUGUGAAUGUACCGCCUGGAUUGUCGACUAGUAUGCAGGACUUGUAUGUAAAGAUGGUCAAUAUGGGAUUUGCACCUAGUGCUAUUGAACGUGCCUUCCGUGUUCAUGGAUCUGAUGAGAAGAGGGUACUAGACUUUCUCGUAGCACACGCAGACUAUGUCUCCAAAGGCUUCAAAUCUGAAAAUAUCGAAGUGGCACUCUCACUAUAUGAUUCCGAACCAGAAAAGUGUAAAAAGUUCUUGAUUGCCUUUUCAGCCAUGGCCGAAAUGGGGUUUCCUCGAUCAAAGAUACAAGAAGCAUUAGUGUUGAAGAACCUAGAUCAGGAUCAGGCAAUGGAGUUCUUGUUGACGGAGGGAUCAUAG